AUGGAAACACCUUCAAUUAUAGAAACUCAGAGCAAAGGAGCUGAGAUUUACCAGGGAGAGGCAUGCAAGGAGAACCUUGGGAAGCUCUUGGAGGAAUUCUCGGUGCCGAAAGGUGUGUUCCGUGUCGGUGAGGUCGAGGAGGUUGGUCUGAACCGAUCCACGGGGUUCUUCUGGUUGAAGCAGAAGGAGAAAACGGAACACUACUUCCCGGGCCUAGGGAGUAUGAUAUAUGAUUCGCAGAUCACAUCCUGCAUCGAUCAAUCUCACUUGACGAAUAUCACAGGACUCCAAGCGAAGCAGUUCUUCAUCACGGCUACAGUCAGCGAUGUACACGUUGGGGUCACCUCCGACGACACAGUCAAAUUUACCACUACACUUGGUUUGUCGCGUGACCAGCCGAUCUCUGCCUUUGAACCCGAAGAUGAGAACAAGAGCAUCUGA